AUGUCUUCCUCCAUCAAAAUCGAGUCUGUUGUGAAGGAGAAGAACCAGAUGGGAGAGUGCCCAGUCUGGGAGGAAAGGGAGAAUGCACUUGUCUACGUAGACAUCAACUCACAGAAAGUUUGCCGCUGGAGCCCGGUCACCAAUGAGGUGCAGAGCGUGUCUGUGGAUGCCCGUGUCAGCUCAGUGGCUCUGCGGCAGUGUGGGGGCUAUGUCAUCACCCUGGGGACCAGGUUUGCCUUCCUGGACUGGGACACCCAGGCAGUCACCACCAUCCUCGAGCUCGAGCAGGAUAAACCCAACAACAGGUUCAAUGAUGGGAAAGUGGAUCCAAAGGGGAGGUUUUUUGCUGGCACAAUGGCUGAAGAGACGGCGCCAGGAGUCCGAGCGAGGCGGCAAGGAGCUCUCUAUACCCUCUUCCCUGACCACUCAGUAAUAAAACAGCUAGACCAGCUGGACAUCUCCAAUGGUCUGGAUUGGUCCCUGGACCACAGGACCUUCUUCCACAUCGACAGCCUGUCAUACGCAGUCCAUGCCUUCAGCUACGAUGUGCACACUGGAAAGAUUGCCUGCCCCAAGCUUUUGUACCAUCUGGAAAAGGAGGAGCAGAUGCCUGACGGGAUGUGCAUAGACGCAGAAGGGAAGCUCUGGGUGGCCUGUAUUGAUGGCGGCAGAGUCAUUCGCAUCGACCCGGAGACAGGAAAAAGAAUCCAAACUGUGAGGCUGCCUACUCCAAGGAUCACCUCUUGCUGCUUUGGUGGAAAAGACUACUCAGAAAUGUAUGUGACUUCUGCAUAUGAUGGACUGGACGAGGCCACCUUAGCCAAGGAACCUCAUGCGGGAGAGAUUUUCAAGAUAACAGGCCUGGGUGUGAAAGGGAUCCCACAGAAUUUCUAUGCUGCUUGA